AUGAAUAAGGGGAAAAACAAUCAUAGAAGAGCAUAGUCUAAUAAUGAUUUUUAAUAAAUAAUGAAUUCUAAAAUAGUUGGAUUGGUUGAAUAAAAUUCUCAUAAAAAUUUGCAUAAAAAUCAAAGCUUUGGUAAUAUGUUAUUCUAAAUACCUGAAUAAACUGAUAUUGGGUCUUCAACAGAAUAAUCUCAUCAUUCUGAAAAGAAGAAUUGUAUAAAUGAUUGUGUACUAUCUAAUAAAAAGAAUUAUUCAUAAGAUCAAAAAGAAAAUCUAAUAAAUUCCAAUUCUUGUACAAACAUUAUCUCAUCAAUUUAAUAUAUGAUUAAAAGUAGUCAUCCAAUAAAAGAAAUAGCAUAAAAAACACUAAAUGAAAGUUAAAAUAAAAAAAAGCAUCUUAGUUUUACUAAUGAAUUACAAAAGAAAAAUAGCUAAAUUCUCCAUUAAUCAAAUAAAAUAGAUAUUUCAUCAAGUUUAACUCCAGAUAGAAAAAAAACAGAUAAUAAUAAUAGUAAAUAGAAUAGUUAAAAAUAAAAAUCAGCUUAAUAAUAAAUUGAUGGUCAAGAGAAAUAAAAAAUAGAAUUAUCAAACUUUUUAUUGAAUAAUUUAUUAAAAGUAGAUUAAAAAAAGAAAAUAAAUAUAGAAUAAUAAGAUUCUUUUAGAAAAAUGGAAUAUUAGAUGAAUGAGAUUUAGAAAGAUAUUUCAAAAAUUAAAUAAAGAUAAGAUGAAUUAGAUUUAUUUAAUAGAAAUAUAUAGAAUUAAUUAUUUGAUUUUAUUUCUGAAAGUAGAAAAUAUUAGGAUGUAAAUAUUAAAUUAAAAUUUAGUAUGGAUAUUUAUCUCUUUAAAAACUCGAAUAAUUAGAAUAAAUAACUAGAAGAAAUGAAGAAUCAAUAAAAAUACUUAAAUAAAAAUUAUUUAAUAAUGAAAUAUAAUAAAUAACUACUAAAUAACAUGAAAAUAAUAUCAAUUUUGGGUAUAAUUAUUAUAUUUAUAUUUUAGUAAUAUAUCCUCUUAUAAAUAAGAACUUGAUAUACAAAAAAAAUUAUCUGAUUUUAAGUAUAUCAAAUAUAAUUGA